GUCACUCUGGGUCAGAGGCAGAGUUGAAGUUAGGGCUUUGCAGGCAGGUUUGGGCGUUUGUGCCGCUCACACUGGCACCAGUCUGCCAGGAUGCCGGUCAGACGUCGAGCCCUUCAGACUGGGGUCCCCUGCACCCCCACCCAGAUUCAUGGAGGCCAUCCCAUCAGCUUUCGGCCGGGGAGGCUCUCUGGAGCCACCUUGGUCAAGUGUUUGUUGCCUUGAGGAGAAACGGAGGCCCAGAGCUGGGAAGAGACUUGCCCAGGCCCUGGGGCCUUCACCGGCCUGGCCCGUGGGCGUGUCCCCUCUGCGGAGUGACUGCCCUUCGGAGGAAGUCCCAGACCCAUCCUGAGGUGGCUGUGUCUGCUAGGGCCAGGACAGCGUGCGGUCCUGCCUGGGUUCUGAAUUGUGGUGUGUGGCCUGGGUUUGAGUCCUGGCAUCUCCAUUGCUCCUCCUGGACCCCUCACUGCCCUGAGCCUCACUUUCCUCGUUUGCCAAGUGGGCUGGAUGCAGCCCUGCCUCGGAGGCCUUCAUGGGUGCCGCUGGAUGAACGCAUCAUCUUCUCGGGGAACCUCUUCCAGUACCAGGAGGACAACAAGAAGUGGAGGAACCGCUUCAGCCUCGUGCCCCAUAACUAUGGGCUGGUCCUCUACGAGAACAAAGUGGCCUAUGAGCGGCAUGUGCCACCCCGAGCUGUCAUCAACAGUGCAGGCUACAAAAUCCUCACCUCCGUGGACCAGUACCUGGAGCUGGUUGGCAAUUCCUUACCAGAGGGCAGCUGCUCAGGGGGCACUGUCUACACAGGGAUCACAUCAAAAUCAGGCACUGCCCCCAUCCUGAAGUGCCCCACGCAGUUCCCACUCAUCCUCUGGCACCCUUCUGCACGGCACUACUACUUCUGCAUGAUGACGGAGGCCGAGCAGGAGAAGUGGCAGGCUGUCCUGCAGGACUGCAUCCGGCACUGCAACAAUGGUGGCUCAGUUUGUGGGAGCAUCAUCCUGUACACCAAAAGGUUCCGGGUUCGAUUCCCAGUCAGAGCACAUACCGAGGUUGUGGGUUUGAUCUCCAGUCGGGGCACGUGAUCUAUGUUGAUCUCACAUUGAUAUCUCUCUCUCUCUCUCUCUCUCUCUCUCUCUCUCUCUCUACCUCCCUUCCUCUCUCUCUAAAAUCAAUAAACAUAUAUCCUCCGGGUAGGAUUAAAAAACCCAAAACAGACAAAAAAAAUAAUUCUGUGUUGUUCAGAAAAAAAUCUGAACUUGCUGUCAGAGGGGCGUGAUUGUUAUGCCCUUGGACCCAGGAUCACAGAAUCACAGUCCGGAUUCUGCCACCUUCUAGCACCGUGACGUUAGGAGACUGACUGACUCCUGGGAGCCUCUGAAAAUAGGGAUAGAAUCCCUCCCCCGCCUGGGGUUUAGUGAGGAUUCACAAUGAGAAUCCAUGCAAUGCUUGUAAAAAGUGGUUUUUGCUGCAUCAUUUCUUCCCUUACACUGACCCUAGGUGCUCUGGGAAGUUUACCUCCUCCCUCAGGGCCUCAGUGCCCUCAGCUGUGAAGUUAUGAGGCCUCUUUCAGCCCGCCCAAACGUUUGGGUGCUAAGGAUGCAUCAAGGGAGGAAGAGGUGGUCCCAGCACCCGAGCUGCUGGCAGCCCGCUGGGGGAGACAGAUGUGAGACAGAUGAGAAUGCCAGGGGUGAUGAAUCAAUCACAGCUGUGCUGGGUGCUGGGGAGGGAGCUGCCCGGGGAGCCUUGAGGGUGUGAAUGUCCUGGGGCGGAGGGGGUACUGAUGCAGUGUGCGGGGAGCUCUGUGAGGAGGUGAUGGUUCAGCUGAGACCUGAAGGAUGAAUUGACCCUCAGCAGAGCGAGGAGAG